CAUGCGUCGGCUGCCGAAGCAUUCCACAACGCUGCCUCAAGCAUCUUACCAGCAAUAGUGGGCUAUCGCACCAGCAGUAGCGGGCUGCCCCCAAGGCACCUCUUAGCCGCGGCUGCCCAUAAGCUGGUGCCAGCCCCACGCCGUCGACGCGACGAUGGCGUGGAUGCGCGCGCCGCUGCUGCUGGCCCUCUCCCUCGGCAACGCGGAGUACCGCACGCUGCAGGAAGUCAACCUCGUGCCCGAGGCCGAGGCCGACUUAAAAAAGCAGGAGGCGGCGCAGCGCGAGAAGGCACUGGCCCUCCCGGACCACGCGCGGUUCUCCGUGCCUAAUCUGGUCUGCGCCGGCGUGAAGCCGAAGCGCACGGCCGUGUGCGUCGGCGGCGCGGCGCGGACCUUCGGCCACCCUGUGGUGUAUCGCACACUUAAAGCCAACGUGAUCGACGCGCUCGGCGGCAUUGUGGUCCCCUUCGCCUACCUGAAACUGGGGGAUGAUAGAGGCACGAUUCGGGACGGGGGCCAGUGCGUCACGAAUUGUAGGUUAGCGGCGAACGUCACUGCCACAAAAGAAGAGGUCGACGAGGGGCUCAGGCACCUCCAGAUAGCGCCAGACAAUGUCAUCAUCAAGGACACGGCUCAUGUCGAGCCGCCGCGCUGCCCGAAUUAUGGCCAUUUUCGUAUCAAUGGAAGUUCGGAAAAUGAUAGAAGCGCUUUACCGGAGGACACGCGCCAGUGGGCGGCCUACAAGUCCUUGCAGGGCCAGCUCGACAACCGGUACCAAUGCUAUAACAUGAUUAAGCGCCACGAGAACCGUUCUGGUUUUAGGUUUGACGCUAUACUAUAUGCGAGAGCGGACCUCAUGUGGCCCAUUCCGUUCCGCCCGUUCUGCACCUUUGAGUUCGAUCUGAAUCGCAUGCGCCAGGACUGGACCUGGUGGAUCCGCCGAGAUGAUGCGAGAAGGGCCUUCGAGCACAACCGCCACGAGUUAUAUUCAUGUAAAAAAGAAUUCACGCCGGGCGUAAGAGCGGGAGGCACGACCAUCGAAAGGUAUAUCCUGAAUGGCAUCGACUGGUACCAGGGCACGCACUGCUCGGGCCUUAAACAUUCGAGCGCCGGCGAUUUAUUGACGGGACACAUCGUGCGGGUGCCCGACCGGCGCCAGGGCUUUACCUUGUGCCCGCAGUUCGGCGACGCCUACUUGCUCCACGACAAGGAGGUGAUGAAGGCAAGUUGUGAAGCGAUCCUGACGCGGAACCCCUUCAAUUGGGGCAAGGGCGACGAGGACGCGACGUAUUUGAAGGAACUGGUGCCUUUGCAUAGCUUCUCCCAUGAAUCGCCACCGCAUCUGCCGCCGCCGCCGCCACCGCCGCCGCCGCCGCCCCCGAAAUCGGCCGAGGAGCUCAGGGCAUUGGAGGAGAAGUUCCGCGAUAAGGGGUCCACGCCGCCGCCGGCCGCGCUUGCUAGGAUUGCGGAAUUGGAGGCGCGGAGGCGCGACGGCGGCGAACCCAAGCCAUGCCGUCCUACAUACCUCGUCGACGGGAUAUGCUAGUAAC